UUUCAGCUUUUACAUUUUGAACAGAAAUCGCUUCGGUUUUUGUCGUAGAAAAUAGUUUACAAAAUUUGUGUUUAAAUAGUGUUAUUAAGCAGUGUUUUUUUGAGAAAUGGAUCCUCUCUACAUUACUCAUCGUAAAACCAGUUCCAACAGCUUCACUUUUGCGGAAAUGCAGCAAAAUUUUGAACUUUUCUGUACAACAUCAUCGUGCAACGUACUUGCGUUUACCACAGCCAACGAACUAACGGAGCAGUCGCCGAUUCAAGGCUGGGGUUUCCACAUUUACGUGGUGGACCUGAAUACACCGUGGUUUCCCUAUAAAGUGUGUUCGAAUAAGUAUCCCGUAUCAACUCUAGAAUGGGAUGUUCUGGGACGAUUUCUGCUGAUAGGCGACCGCAAUGGAAAUGUUCAGAUUUAUGCUCAGAAAGAUAAUUUGCUAUCCGAAUGGAAAGCGAUUUAUAGUGUAAGGUUUCCGGGGGAAAACAUCAUUGGUGCGGCUUUUUUUCACAACGGUCGGAAAAUGAUUCUACAGAUGGACAAGAAGGAUCAGUACUUGUACAUGGAGAAGUUUCAUAAAGUAAAGUUUGCGGCCAGUGUCCGUCAAUUUGGGGGUGUCCCGGUAGAUGGAGUCUUAAUAAUAUCUGCUACUGGCAUGUUGGGUGCUUUUAUUAUACCGUGUGAAUCGAAUGCCAACAUACAGAAAUUACAAGAACCUAUCAAGCUGAUACCGGUGACGGAGAGCUUAGGGGUGACCAGAAACUACUAUACUACAGCAAGUAUUUGCUAUUCUAAGAAUGGUAGCUUUAUGAUAGCAGUUGGGAACGGUGACACAAAAUCAGCCAAUUCCAGCAUGAUUCAAUGCUUUCGGGUGUCAGUGAAAAAAACUGGAGAAAACCUAGAUAUUGAUAGCGCUGCGUUACCCAGCUUUUUCUUAGCGGAAGGAUUGGGUAAAGAUCUGAGAGACCUCCGAGUGGUGUAUGUCAAAUGGGUUUUCAACGAGGAUGCGGACUCGUUAAUUGUUGCAUCAAAUCACGCUGCUGGAGGUUGCUUCGUAGAGCAGUGGGAACUAACCGAAGAGUCCACCCCAAUUCAUAAAUUGUUUCAAAGUAACAAAAACGAAGCAUUCAAGACGCUAUUGUGGAUAAGCAAAAAUCAGUAUCGAUUUAACACGAAGGUGGUGAAAGUGUCGACUACGAGGUUGAAUUUUUUGAGUUGCUCAUUCAUAUACUUAGCAAUGAGCGACAACAGCAUUCAUUGUCUACAAAGGGACACUUUCAAGCGUCUGACUUGUACAAAUAUCAUUUCACUUCGAGAUCCUAGCGAUCAUUCUAGCAAACAGAUGAGGCUGGGUGUAAAAAUAGGAGCUAUUGAUAUAUCGCAGUUGGGGCAUCUGUUUGUAGCUCUCGACACAUUCGGACAACUGUAUGUCUAUCGCUGUAAUUUCAUGUGUCAGGAUCAACUGGGAACGCCAGCGUUAAUCGUGCAAACCGUAAAUCUUUUAGAAUACUGUUUAGUUACCGGUUUUGACUGUUUGGAUAUAUUUCUGACGUUGAAACCACAAAUUCUUGACAACAUAUUGGAACGCCUUACCGAAAAUUUUCACCGCCAGCCUCCCAAUGUUCAACAGUAUUACUAUGUAAAUUUUCUUACCAUGAAGAUUGCAUUGUACAGAUUGUCGAUUUCGGGACAACAAAGAGCAUACGAUUUAUCCAAUUUGUUGAUUUUACACUCAAUUCUGACUGCUUUCAAAAGUUUGCUUCGACCAUCGGAUUUGACGUCGCACGAGAAAGGUCCUGCUGAGAAUCUAGCCAUGGUUUUAUCCGAAUCCGUUCCGGAUGUCGACAAAGUACUGUUGAACUUGGAAGCAAAAGACUUUACCAUGGAACGUUCAACACUGCAAAGUUUGCAGCAACUGAUUCAAUGGGUGGCUGAUUUGGCGCUCAACAUCCUCGCCAAGUUACCUGAAAGUCGAGCGUUCAUGUCCAACAAAUCUCAAGGGUAUGACAUCAGCAAAGACAUCGUAGCAUUGACGAAUAUUCGGGAGCUGCUGGUCAUGAUUCGCAUAUGGGGACUGCUGAAUCCGCAAUGUCUCCCUGUAUUCUCCCGCUCGGCAGACAACCUGGAUAUACUGCUAACGUUGUUUCGUUUACUAACAAAGCUGUCAAUAAACCCAAACGAACCGGAUGACUUGUUGCUGGACGAAUGUUGUCUACUUCCGAGUCAGGUUCUCAUUCCGCAGCUACAGUUUGUACCAUCGCGAACGAUGAUUGCAUCGCCAUUGUUGCCGCAUGUCAGUUUGCCCGUGAUGUGCGAUUAUGGCGUCGAGAAUGAAUCGCUUAAAUUUUGUCCGGAGGUACCAAUAGUGGAAGGGGGUCUAUCCAAUGACAACGUGAUCGAUUCGGUCAUGUAUCUGCAGUUGGGUAGGAGACCGCCCUCGUUGCGUCGUUGUACCCGCUGCGGAUCGAGCAGCAGUGUGAUCAGUGUGGCCAAAACCGCUGCUAUGAAGGCCUGGGAGCAGCGGUGGAUUGAUAAAUGCCGAUGUAACGGCUUCUGGAGACUGGAAGUGGCAUAGCCUUCCCGGAAAGGCUAAUUAUGACAAGAAACAGGUGAAAUUUCACUAAUCGGCAAUAGUUAAGUUUCUACAGUGUACGUCGCUUAUACAGAACAUCAAUGAACUGGCUAUAUUUAUUGAUUUAUCAAUCAUUUCCUCAUACAUCGCUGCUCAAUCUCCGUUUUCACAAUGCAAUCGUAAUGGAAUAAUUGUGUAGACCACAGCAUAAUUAUUACUUAAUAAAAAGUUUAUAGCUUUAACACUAAAA